AUGUUCGCCGUACCAGGAUGGUCGCUGGAGAGCUCUGCGCUCCAGAAGCAGUCUCAGCCGGCAAAGCAGGCUCAGGUCGCAUCGCAGCCAACCAACGAGGCAUCGACACCCAAUGGGAAGAAUAAGGACAAGAAGCGCAAGCGUGAUAAUGUCACCUCGGGUAAUGUCAACGAAAUGUAUCGCAAGCACAUCGAGGGCCACACCGCGACAAAGCCCCAGAAGAAGCAGAAAAAGGAAAAGCCGACCCCAGCUGCUGCUCCCUCCCCGAAGACAAAUGUGGAGGACGUGAAGAAGGCCGACCCUGAGCCUGCUCAAGAGGAGGGCCAGGGGAAGAAGAAGCAGAAGAAGAACAAGAAGAACAAGGAUGCCUCGGAGGACAAGUCGGACGCCGCUGCACCGGUUCAGACGACUACCUCUGCUACAAGUUCACUUGCGGCCCCGCCGACAACGAAUGCGACCCUCACACCUCUCCAGCAGGCUAUGCGCCAAAAGCUGAUCUCCUCCCGAUUCCGCCAUUUGAACGAAACACUGUAUACUACCGACUCCUCCAAGGCAGUCGAGCUGUUCAACGCGAACCCAGAGCUUUUCGAUGAAUACCACGCUGGUUUCUCUCGCCAGGUCAAGGAAUCUUGGCCCUCCAACCCCGUCGAUGGUUAUAUUCAAGCCAUCCGUCGUCGCGGGGCAGUCCCUGUCCCCAAGAGAGGCAAGCCUCUGCCAAACAAGGCCUUGCCCCUCCCCCGUAGACCCAACGGGGUCUGCAGCAUUGCCGAUUUGGGCUGUGGUGAUGCCGCACUUGCUCGAAACCUAACGCCAUCGGCGAAGAAGCUGAACCUGAAGCUUAAUAGCUACGACCUCCAGGCCCCAGACCCUCUCAUCACCAAGGCCGACAUCUCCAAGCUCCCUGUGGAAGAUGGUUCCGUGGACGUGACCAUUUUCUGUCUGAGCCUGAUGGGCACCAACUGGGUGUCCUUCGUGGAGGAAGCCUGGAGAGUUCUCCGCGGCGACGGCAAGGGCGAGUGCUGGGUCAGCGAGGUGAAGAGCCGCUUUGGCAAAGUCACUCGCAAGAAGUCAAUGAUCGGCGCCCAGAAGCCGCUCAGCAAGACUCAGCAGAAGAAGCAGAAGAAAAGCAAGAAGGACAACGACUCCGAUAUCGACGACGCAGAUAUUUUUGCUGAAGAUGCCCGUCCCGCGGCUGAUGACGACGAGACUGAUAUCUCGGCGUUCGUGGAGGUCUUCCGGACUCGUGGGUUUGUGCUGCGCCCGGAGUCGGUGGAUAAGUCCAAUAAGAUGUUUGUCAAGAUGGAGUUUGUGAAGCAGGGCGGUGCUCCGGCCAAGGGCAAGCACUCUACUGGCUUGAGCGCACCGGCGGCCGGUGGGAAGAAGCGAUUUGUGGACCGGAAGCCGGAGGCUGAUAGUGGGAUGACUACGGAGCAGGAGGCUCAGGUCUUGAAGCCUUGUGUGUAUAAGAUUCGGUAG